AUGGCGUCCCGGUGCGCACUGCGCCGCCUAGUCGCCGCCGCCGCCCUCGCCUUCCUCUCAUUCGCCCCCACCCUCACGACCGCAUCGCCCUACAACGAACUCCUGGUGGACUUCAACCUCAACACGAACAAGGACGCGACCAGCGUGCUCGACUACUCGACCGACCGUCGGAGCAACUACACCAAGUCGCCCGACAACUGGCGCUCGAUCCCGUUCUACACCAUCCUCCCGGACAAGUUCGCUGAUGGCGACCCGUCGAACAAUGACUAUUUUGGGACCAUGUACGAGGCCGACUGGCGCGAGACCCAGCUUCGAUACGGUGGCGAUCUCAAGGGGUUGGAAAACAAACUGGACUACCUCGCUGGCAUGGGCGUCAAGGGUAUCUUCAUGUCCGGAACGGUGUUCCUCAACAUGCCCUGGCAGGCGGACAGCUACUCUCCUCUCGAUUUCACGGUCCUCGAUCCUCAUUAUGGCACCAUCGCCGAAUGGCAGGCAACGAUCGACGCGAUCCACGCCCGUGGGAUGUACUUCAUGGCGGAUUUCACAGUUGGUACCAUGGGUGAUCUUAUUUCGUUCAAGGGAUCCGAGAACACGUCAACCCAGUUUGACAUCAACGAGCAUGAACAAGUCUGGAAAAAGCCGAGCUUCGCACCCUGGAACUUCACGGAGUACAAGGACUUUAAUAUCAGCAACGUGCGAAACACGUCCUGUGUAUUACCGAAGCUUUGGCUUGACGACGCGACUCUCGUUGACCCCGGCGCUACGAAUGGCUGUCUCGAAUCCGAGUUCGAUGCCUACGGUGACAUGGAGGCUUUCGGUGUCCAUCCCGACUGGCAGCGUCAGCUCUCCAAGUUCGCCUCCGUGCAGGACCGUCUUCGUGAAUGGAAACCGGAGGUGAUGGCGAAGCUCCAGGUGUUCGCCUGCCUCGCCAUCAGCGCGCUCGACCUCGACGCCAUCCGUGUCGACAAGUCGACGCAGAUGACCGUCGAUGGCCUUGCCGACUGGGGCGCCAGCACCCGCAAGUGCGCGGCCGAUCUCGGAAAGAAGAACUUCCUUAUCACCGGUGAGGUGACGGGUGGUGAUACCUUCGGUGCGCUCUACCUCGGUCGUGGGCGCACACCGACGCAGCGCCCCGAUUUCUCGACGGCGGCCAACCUCACCGGUUCCGAGGACCAGUAUUUCCUUCGCGACUCAGGCUUGAACGGGCUCGACGGGUUUGCGUUCCAUUACUCCACCUACCGCUCCCUGACCCGGUUCCUGGGCAUGGACGGCAACCUUCAGGUCGCCUUCGACGUCGACUCCAACUUCGUCACUUCAUGGAAGGAGAUGUUCGUGAACGACGAUUUCGUCAACCCCAACACCAACGAAAUCGACCCGAAACACAUGUUCGGCACCAGCAACUUUGAUAUUUUCCGCUGGCCCAGCGUCGAGAACGGCACGCAGAAGAACGUCAUGGCCUCGUUCAUCACGACACUGCUCAUGCCCGGUAUCCCCCUCCUCUACUAUGGCGAAGAACAAAACUUCUACAUCUUCGACACCGGAGCGUCCAACUACCUCUACGGCCGGCAGGCGAUGAUGGGCAACACCGCGUGGCAGCGCCACGGAUGCUACGCGCUCGGUUCGGACCAGUACUACAACCUGAACCUGCGCGGCGCCGUGCUCGGCUGCCGCGACGACUGGAACUCGCUCGACCACUUUGACCCGACCUCCUCCACGCGGCGCAUGAUGGCGCGCAUGCUGCAGAUUCGCGAGCAGUACGCGGUCGUCCAGGACGGUUUUGGCGUUGAUCAGUACGGCAACUGGACAUACGAGAUCGUGCGCCCGGGCUCCAAUGGUACCGCGACCGAGAUGGGCCUGUGGUCUGCCGCGCGUUCGGCGAUCGACACCCAGAACCUGGGCAACAGCUCCGACAAAGUCUGGCUGUUGUACACGAACGAGAACGACACGCGCUCGUACACGUUCGAUUGCGACACCGAAAAGACGCACACGCCAUUCCAGUCGGGGACCACCGUCCAGAACCUGUUCGCACCGUACGAGACGUACACGCUCGUCGACUCGACCACUUCGUACUUUAACGACGGGAAGCAGCCCAUGUUCGGAUGUAUUCAGAGCCUUACCAUGGAGCCGUUUGGGUUCAAGGCACUUGUCCCCGUCGCCGAGUGGGUCGCGCCCCUGCCCGCGCUUACCAAGUUCACGCCUGGCCACGACGCGCGUCUGCCCUCGAACGGCACCAACUCUGUCGACAUCUCGUUCGAGUUCAACACGGUGAUGAGCUGCGACAGUGUCACUGCGGCGCUCUCGCUCAACAUGUCGUCCUCCGGCCACGGCAACACGCCGACGUUCUCGAAGACGGCCGUCAAGUGCGGCGCCGUCACCAACCCGGACCCGUCCCCCAUCGCCGGCGGCGACACCUCGCAGUGGUCCUGGGCGGUCACGCUCCAGAACGUGCCCGACGGCAUCCUCACGCUCACCCUCGACAACCCCAAGUCGAGCGGCGGCGUCGCGACGGGCUCAGUCGACACGCUCAUGCUCCGCAUCGGCGCGGCGAACAACGUCAUGGUGUUCCCCAACAGCGACUACAACAACACCGCGUUCACGUACUCGAACGGGCAGUACUUUUUCGAGCAUACCGCGUACGGCGCGGACAUGUUCCGUUACUCGUGGAACUUCGGCAUGAACUGGACGGAUUGGGCUUCAUGGGAGGACACUACGACCAUCGACAAGGAGGUGUUCUCGUCGUCGAGUAACUUCUGGGACGGCGACCACAUCAUGGUGCAAUACUGGAGUCAGGCCGCCGCGUCCGUCGCGCACGUUGUCCACGCUGACUACAAGUACAAGUACCAGCGUCGCGUCCCGCAGUUCCUCGCCCGCGGUCCGUACAACAGCUGGGGCUUCGAUAAGGGUAUCUCUGCUCAGAUGACCCACGCUGGCGAUGGCCGCUGGGAGCUCGAGAUCAUGGCGUCCUGGCCGACAUACGUCCAACUGAACGUCUGGGGCUACGACGAAUACUACUACGGUGACACUGAUGGCGAUGGCGUCAUGGACCGACUUCCUCCCAACACCGCCGCUCCCAACUACCUCAACAUGUCUGCGCCCCCGCUCCCCCAUUUGGCCUGGAACCUGGUGAUCAACGACCGGGACCUCAGCUGGUCGCUCGAGCCCCGCGGACAGUCUUAUAUCGGCGCAAUCAUCUAUGGUCUCCUCGUCUCCAUCCCGCUGAUCACCGGUACACUCGCCGUCCUCAUCUUCAUGUGGUCGUUCUACGGCAUCAAGUACAACAAGUACGGCUUGAAGCCCGCGAAGGACCACAAGAACUACUUCCCCAUUCUCGGAUCGCUCGGGAACAAGUCUGCAUCGGACUUCAAGGACGGUACCGUGUCGGAAAAGAAGUCGAUGUUCUCGCACCACAAGCACCACGGCGAGAUCAUCGGCUGGCCCGAGGACAAGAACAAGCGGCGCAAGGUCCUGAUCGCGACGCUUGAGUACGAGAUCAUCGACUGGAAGCUCAAGGUCAAGAUCGGUGGUCUCGGUGUGAUGUCGAGUUUGAUGGGCAAGGCGAUGACCGACGUUGACCUCAUCUGGGUCGUGCCUAAGGUCAAGGACAUUGAGUAUCCCCAGGGUGAUCCUGCGGAUCCCAUCGAGGUCAUCAUCUUCGGCGAGCCGUACCUGAUCGAGGUUGAGACGCACACGCUUGACAACAUCACCUACGUGAUCCUCGACAGCCCCGUCUUCCGUGCCCAGACCAAGGCCGACCCCUACCCGGCGCGCAUGGACGACCUCAGCUCCGCCAUCUUCUACUCGACGUGGAACCAGGCCAUUGCGAACACCAUCCGGCGCUACCCCGACAUCGACAUCUACCACAUCAACGACUACCACGGCGCCCUCGCUCCGAUCUAUCUCCUGCCCAAGGUCAUGCCCGUCUGCUUGUCGCUCCACAACGCCGAGUUCCAAGGUCUCUGGCCGCUCCGCACGAAGGAGGAGAUGAAGGAGGUCUGCUCGGCGUUCAACAUCAGCAAGGAGCACUGCACGAAAUACGUCCAGUUUGGUAACACGUUCAACUUGCUCCACGCCGCGGCGUCCUUCAUCAGUGUGCACCAAAAGAGCGUCGGUGUCGCCGGUGUGUCCGACAAGUACGGCAAGCGCUCUUGGGCCCGGUACCCGGCUUUAUGGACCCUCAAGCACGUCGACUCGCUACCAAACCCGGAUCCCGCCGAUAUCGCCGCAUUGGACGAGGCCCCGAUCGACGUCAAGCACAUGAACAUUGACCAGGUUGCUGAGGCAGAACGGCCAGAGCACAAGCGACAGGCGCAGGAAUGGGCUGGCAUCAAGCAGGAUCCCAACGCGGAUCUCUUCGUGUUUGUCGGUCGUUGGUCCAAGCAGAAGGGUGUUGAUCUUAUCGCCGAUAUCAUGCCGAGUUUGCUCGAGAAAAAGCCUUCCAUUCAGCUCAUCACCGUUGGACCUGUCAUCGAUCUCUACGGACGAUUCGCAGCGGAGAAGCUGGCCCGGCUCAUGGAGAUGUACCCCGAUCGCGUGUUCUCCAAGCCCGAGUUUACUGCUCUUCCUCCUUACCUGUUCAGUGGUGCAGACUUCGCGCUCAUCCCGUCACGUGACGAGCCUUUUGGUCUCGUAGCUGUCGAAUUCGGUCGUAAGGGUGCACUCGGUGUCGGCAGUCGUCUCGGUGGUCUCGGUUUGAUGCCUGGCUGGUGGUUCCCGGUCGAGUCGAGUUCUACAGGACACAUGUUGUCGCAAUUGGGCAAGACGAUCAAGAUGGCAUUGAAGUCUACGGAAGAGGAGCGAGCCCUUCUUCGUGCACGAUCUGCGGUCCAACGAUUCCCCGUCAUCGAGUGGAGGCAACGGACAGAGGACUUCCACAAGCGCAGUAUCACGAUUUCUCGUGAGAUGGCCGGGGCUAACGCCUGGCGCCCGUCGGACGGCGGCGAACGCGGCCACGCAGCGAUCAGCGAUCACGACGACUGGAACCCGGAACAGCAGCCGUACCCGACUCAGCCGGAUUGGGACAAGUCCAGCAUCAUGAGCGGCAGCCCGCGGAUGAGCGUCACACCCAUGACACCUGGGUCGCCCGGUCAAUGGAGCGACAACACCACUCCUGGCGAACACCAUCUCGCUGCUCCGCCUCGCCUUGGUGACUACGGACGACGCGGCUCGUUCAGUACGGACGUAUCCGAUCCCGAGGGCGACUACUUUAGCAACAGCCACUCCCGGCAGAGCACCGACUCGAGGCAAGAUUACUCCGGAUUCUUGGAUCGCGCCAACCGCGUCAUCGCCAAGGAACAACGACAUGCGCCGGAUCCGUUCUUGGACGCGCAGCCUACUCGCCCCUUCGGUGCCCAUUCGCGUGUAUCCUCGGUGGAGUCGAUUUCGUCUAUCGUUGACGAGAAGUCCAACUCGCCGCUGAACAAGGCAGUGGCAUCGUUCACGGACGCGGAUGGUGGCGUUGCGCAUGAGUUCGCACAGAAGCUUCACAAUCUCUCUGCUGAGAACUCCAUCAAGGACCUUUGUAUUGAGAAGUUCUUGAUGAAGAGCGAGGAGCAGUUCUUCCACGAGGUCAAAAAGGAGAAGCUCGCAAGCAGCGCUGCCAGCUUGAGGUCUAAGCGCGAUUCUGUUUGGGGCACGCCGUCCAUCUACGAGGGCUCGAGACCAAGCUCGCCUAACGCGAUGUCAUUCGGACCCAGCUCGAACAGUUCCUUCGACGACAGAGGCCACAUAACCGGCGAUAUGGGGCCAGAGGUGGUUCAAAUGACUAGGUUACAGCUGUUCCUGGCUCGUGAAAUUGGAGGAUGGCCGUUAUACACCAUCAUUAUCGCCCUAGGCCAGAUGCUCAGUGCGACCAGCUUCCAGAUCACCCUCUUGUCGGGUCAGAACUGGGAGACCGAUCUCCAGCUCUACGUCCUUGGAGGUGUCUUCUUGGCGGCCUCUGGGGUAUGGUACACGCUUUUCAGGCUCAAGCCCUCCGUCUACAUCCUCUCGGCGCCAUGGCUCUUCUUCGGCAUCGCUUUCUUCCUCAUUGGGUUACCGUCAGUUGCUGAUGUCUUCGUCCCCGCACACGACGCGUUGUCAAGCGCUGCUACGUGGUCCUAUGCCGUCGCAUCCGCUGCCGCGUUUGCCUUCUUCGGCCUGAACUUCGGUGAGGAGGCGGGAGCUGCCACAGAGGUUUGGAUGCUACGGGCUUGCCUCGUCCAGGGUUCACAGCAAAUAUGGGUUGCUGCUCUCUGGUACUGGGGCGACAAGUUGAACGGGUCUGUCUCUGAGGUCGCCCCGUGGUGGGUAGCCUGUGUCCUGUUCCCAUUAGCCGCGAUGUCGUUCCUGUUCGCGUACCUCAUGCUGUUCGGCCUCCCGGAGUACUACCGCCAAACACCGCCCAAGGUACCCGGAUUCUUGAAGACCCUCUUCCGCCGCAAAAUUGUCCUGUGGUUCCUGGCGUCAGAAAUCCUUCGGGACUACUGGUUGUCCGGACCUUAUGGUCGUAACUGGAGCUUCCUCUGGAGCGUCGAUAUACCGGCCUGGCAGACCCUCCUUCUCGUGAUCGGGUUCUUCAUCGGCGUUUGGGCUCUCAUGCUCGCUAUCCUCACAUAUUUCGCCAAAACCCACACCUGGUUGCUCCCCGUAUUUGCGGUUGGUCUCGGAGCGCCCCGGUGGUGUCAGAUGUUGUGGGGCACGUCGAGCUUGGCGCUCUACAUACCAUGGGCACGCACAGCUGGUCCUUAUCUGGGCAUUUCGCUCUGGUUGUGGCUCGGCGUUCUCGAUGCGGUGCAGGGUGUCGGACUGGGUAUGAUUUUGCUUCAGACGCUUUCCCGUCUGCACGUCUGCGCGACUCUCGCGUUUGCUCAGAUCAUCGGUUCAGUGUGUGUCAUGGUUGCUCGCGCAACAGCGCCGAAUCGUGUUGGUCCGGAAAGCGUGUUCCCGGAUGCUGCCAAAUGGGACUUCUCAGAAGGGCUCAAAGACAGCCCAAUGGCGUCAGCUGCCUUCUGGGUGGCCCUCGCAUGCCAAAUAAUCAUUGUCUUCGGCUACUUCUGGUUCUACCGCAAGGAGCAGCUCUCACGUCCAUAA